AAGCCGGCCCCGAGGUCUCCAGUCGCCCUCCUCCACGAAGAAUCGAGAGCCAACCAAACUAUACUCAGACCGACAAAAGAAGCCAAACACAUCGGGACGGAGCUCUAAUCACUGAAACCGAAGAACCAAUCAGGGACCUUCCGCUCAAAUGGGUAUCGCCUUUUCAUCGAUAUUCGGAAGGAUCUCGUCCCUUUUCUCUCGACAGUCUGAAGUCCGAAUUCUGAUGCUCGGUCUCGAUUCGGCUGGAAAGACAACAAUUCUUUAUCGGAUCCAAAUCGGAGAGGUAGUCUCAACAAUACCAACAAUCGGAUUCAACGUCGAAACAGUACAAUAUAAGAAUAUCAAAUUCCAAGUGUGGGAUCUGGGAGGACAGACAUCAAUCAGACCAUACUGGAGGUGCUACUACGCAAACACCCAAGCGGUAAUCUACGUGGUGGAUUCUAACGAUAGGGAUCGGCUCCCGAUCGCCAAGGCAGAGUUACUGGCCAUGCUGAGCGAGGAUGAACUGAAAGAUGCUCGGUUAUUGGUAUUUGCGAACAAACAGGAUCAACCGAAUGCCUUGACCCCAGCAGAGGUUUCAGAAGGACUGGGGUUGGACACCCUGAAGAAUCGUCAGUGGAGUAUCUUCAAAGCAUGUGCGACCAAAGGCGAAGGUUUAGAGGAAGGACUUGAUUGGCUGGUCACGGCACUUCAGAACGACACGUCAUGACCGACGCACAAUGUGCAACUUGGCUUAUCCCUAUUUCCCUCUAAUUCUUCACUGUGUCAUCAUCAGUCACUCCUACCCCCUCCCCCCGCCUUCUACAAUUACCAAACCUACCCCCACAUGCUCCCCACCCCCCUCAUAAGGCCAGGUCAAAGGUAGAUGAAUGUUUUCAUAAGCUUAACUUUUUUGUGUUGUUGUCCGGACAUAUACUGUGUUUCAUAAACCUUUUUUUCACUGUUUUAUUAGAACCAAAAAAUACAUACAUAUACAUAUAGUUAAUUUGACUCUGGGUGCGCUUGUGUGCGCAUCUAAAUACGUAUUCCCCAUA